CCGGAGUUAUGAUGAUUUGUUUUAUUUGGAAAGUGAUAUUGUUGAAUAUCAUUAUCAAUGUAGCCGAAUCUUAUAAAAAUAAUGGCUUUCCAAACAACAUUGAUGCACAAGGACCAACAUUCUUUAUUGAACCACCGGGCAAUAAUGAAUUUAUUAAUUCUGCAGGAUUAAUAAUAGACUGCAUGGCACGCGGGAACCCACAGCCAAAUAUUCAAUGGUUAAACCUUAAGAAUAAUCCAGUGUUACCAAUUUCUAAGGUUCGUCUUAUUUUGAGCAAUGGUUCACUCUAUUUUCCACCAUUUGAUGCGGAGAAUUUUCGCGAAGAUGUGCACUGGACAACGUAUAGAUGUUCCGCACGUAAUACUAUUGGAACUAUAGUUUCAAAAGAUACUGUAGUAAAAGCCGUUGUGCCGCAACGGUAUGAGCCAGAAGUUCAAAAUCCUGGAGGAUUUAUAGCUUGUAAUGUUAUUAUAAAAUGCGUAAUUCCCUCCUUUGUAAGAGAUUUUGUUACUGUUACAUCAUGGUUGCAAGAACCCAAUUUUAACAUUUACCCAUCGCUGGAAGGCGAUGGAAAAAAUCACAUGCUUCCUACUGGAGAACUUUUGGUUUAUAACAUAACAAAACACGAUGUCGAAAAAAUGUAUCGAUGCAGAACACAUCAUAGGCUGACACAGAAUACAUUAGUCAGUAAAAACGCUGGAAAAAUUCAAUUAACUGAAAUUCAAGAACUAGUGCCACCAAUAAUUAAUGAAAAAAUUCUUAAGUUAAGGAUCCGAAUAGGCGAUCCCUUGGUUGUAGCCUGCGACGCCUAUGCAAAUCCCAGGCCUACCUAUAGAUGGCAUGCUGAACGGGAAGGUGAUACCGAAACUCUCGAAAAUAUGGUAGCUUCUGGAAGAGCCAAAACAAAGGACGGGACCUUAAUAAUAUUUUCAGUUUCAAAAACUGAUAAUGGUCCUUUUUAUUGUACAGUUACAAAUUCAGAGGGAAUGGAAACAUUUAAGCUGGAACUCUUAAUAACUUCUCCUCUAAGUGCAAUAAUACAGCCUAGCCUACAGACUGUUAGUCUUGGCCACACCGCCGACUUAAUUUGUAGAACGUUUGGAUUUCCGCAACAAAAUAUUGUCUGGUUGAAAGAUGGAAAUAGAUUGCGAACGGGAUCUCGAGUACGACUUUUUUCAAGUGAACAUAUUCAUUUUUCUCCUAUAGUUAAGGAAGAUCAAGGAAUGUACCAAUGUGUUUUAAGAAAUGAGUGGGAGUCGAUACAGAGUUCUUCUGAAUUUAGAUUAGGAGAAGUCUUCCCCCAAUUGAAUUACAAGUUCAUUGAGCAAACUUUACAGCCUGGCCCUUUCAUUUCAUUAAAAUGCAGCUGCAGUGGAAACCCAACUCCUACUAUAAUUUGGUUUUUGGAUGGAUACCCAUUGCCAAACGAUGAUCGAAUAAUGAUAGGUCAAUAUGUAACAAUGUUUGGAGAUGUCAUCUCACACGUUAAUAUAAGCGCCGUCAAAUCAGAAGACGGUGGAGAAUACACAUGCAAAGCUUAUUCUAAUGCUGGUGAAGUCACACAUUCUGCCUAUUUAAAUAUAUAUGGUUUACCUUAUAUUCGACCAAUGUCAAUUCUAUCUGCCGUUGCUGGAAAAUCAUUUUCACUUAGGUGUCCGAUAGCUGGAUUCCCCAUUGAAUCAGUGAGUAUAGAGAAAGAUGGAGUGAAACUACCCGUAAAUGCAAGACAGAGAAUUAACAAUGCUACACUUACUAUUGAAAAUGUCCAGCGGGCUGCCGACCAGGGAACAUAUACUUGCAUAGCAAGAAAUAAACAAAAUUACACUUCAAUGCGCUCAGUUGAACUAAAAGUGUUGAUUCCACCAAAAAUUACACCAUUUUUAUUCGCACGUGAUCUGAAUGUCGGAGAUCGUACAAGCAUACAGUGUGUUAUCGGCACUGGGGACCUUCCGCUUGCAUUCACAUGGCUUAAGGACGGACAUAUAAUAAAAUCAUUUGUGAAGGAGGAUAUUGGUAGGCCUAGAAACAAUACUGAUACUUUAGUAAAAAGGCUCUCAUCCGUCGCCGAUGAAUCCUUCUUUAGCUUAAAUGAAACAAGUCCUAGCGAAAUUGAAGAUAUUGGAUCUAUAACUAUACGUCAAAGUGAUGAUUUUUCCAGUGCACUAAGCAUAAAUUUUGUGACGAGAUCCCAAAGCGGUACUUACACAUGCCGUGUUCAAAAUAAUGCAGCAACUGUAACACACUCGGCACAACUACAUGUAAAUGUUCCUCCACGAUGGAUUUUUAAACCAAGCGACAAAGAUGCAAUUAUGGGGAGCUCCGUUAUAAUAUCGUGCGUUGCUGAUGGGUUUCCAAUACCUAGUCUACAAUGGAAGCAGUUGAUCGGUAGUUCCGGGGAAUAUAGAGAAUUAAGUUACGGAACAGAAAUCGAUAUUUUACAUACCGUUAUUGGAAAUAAUAUUAAUAACACACUUAUGAUUCAGACCGUUACUCGGGAACAUGAGGGAAGUUUCUUGUGCGAAGUUAGUAAUGGUAUUGGUUCUGGCCUUAGCGCUCUUGUUAAAAUAAAGGUUCAUGUGGGACCCUCUGUUACUGUUUGUAAGCAACUGGUCACAAUACGGAAAGGAGAGAGUGUCACAAUGCGAUGUGAAGCAACAGGUGACCAUCCUUUGAAUAUUUCGUGGAGAUCCAAAGCUAAUACAAUUGAUGAUUCUUUAAAAUCGCAAUUCCGCAUACAAAAUGCCCAAAUGGUUAAUGGCCUUUCUUCAGAUCUUACCAUUUUACAGACUUCGAUACUUGAUAAAGGAGACUACACAUGCAUUGCCAGUAACGUUUAUGGACACGAUCUUGCUGUUAUAAAAUUAUUAGUUCACGAGGUACCAAAUACUCCUUUAAAUUUACACGUUACGAAUUUGGAAAGUCGCUCCGUAACUUUAUCAUGGUCAUCAUGGACAAGGAGUCCCGAAUCUAAUCUAUCACAUGAAAUUAUAGAAAAUUCCCAGCCAAUAUCAAAGUAUAUUUUACAGUACAAAAAAGCAGAAGAUGGAUGGACAGAUUAUAGAAAUCAAAAUCGGUUGCCCGGAGAUCGGACAACCACACAACUACAGCUACUUAAGCCAGCACAAGCGUACCACGUUCGAUUGUAUUCAGAAAAUGAUAUAGGUAUUAGUGCACCUAGUGAUGUCCUAUUUAUAGUAACGGACUCUGAGGUUCCAUCUGCUCCCCCAACGAAUGUGAUGGUAGAUUCGUUAGGUCCUCAACAGCUUUUAAUCACUUGGCGAGCACCUUUACAUGACACGUGGAACGGAGAAAUAUUGGGGUACACAAUUAAAUACCAAAAACAAGGAUUUUUAACUGGUUUUAAAAAUUAUGCAAAGAUAAACAGUCUUCGUCCUGAUGGGUUUUACGACUUUCGAUUAAGUGGGUUGGAUAAAUACACUCAAUAUGAAAUCACAGUUUCAGCAUAUAAUAUAAAAGGAGACGGCCCCCCCAGCAAUGUAGUAUUAGGCCAUACCUUAGAAGACGCACCAUCUGCAAGUCCCCAAUCUGUUUCUUGUAUUGCUCUUGCAGCACAGAAUAUUCAAGUAUCCUGGCAGCCUCCACUUAAGGAAUCGUGCAAUGGAAUUAUUCAAGGCUAUAAAAUAUUUUAUGAGCCAAUAUCAUUGGAAAGAGAAUUUACCGCACGAGAAACGAAAAUUACAUCAGCCCUUACAACAGUAUUGCAUAGCUUGCAACCUUUUACUAAUUAUACUGUUCAAGUAUUAGCUUUUACCCGCGCAGGUGAAGGCACUUUAAGCAAUUCCGUAUCGUGCAUCACCGAAGAAGCGGUUCCGGAUGCACCAGAGCGUAUAAAAUCUGUCGUAAGCUCGGAAUCAUCAGUACUUAUUAGUUGGAUGCCUCCACGACGACCUAACGGCUUCAUUACUAAAUAUAACGUAUACAUAAGAGUGCUUGAAAAUGGAAAAGAAUUAAAAAUUUUGAAAGAAGUAUUACCGUCACAAAAAUUGUAUUAUGAGGUCCAAGGUGUUAUUAAAAAAGAAACUUAUGAAGCUUGGGUGACAGCAUCUACAAAAGUAGGACAAGGUCCGAGUACACCUGUUAUUAAAUGUAUAGCCAACAAUGUUGUUGCAGCGGCAAUAGUAUCAUUUAGUCAAAUAUUAAGAGUGAGUUGGAAAAUUGAUAUUAAACUUCCGUGUAUUUUUGUUGGAUCUCCAAAGGCUGCGGUGGAGUGGAAUGUUGUAAACAAUCGAUCCAAGAAUAACAAUCGUAUGGAAAUAAGCCAAGACAACAGUUUAAGUUUAAGAAAUAUUCAAAGAGCUCAUGAAGGCAACUACUCCUGCACGGUAAAAAACAUAUUUGGCUCUGAUCAAAUUAUAUAUCAACUAUUUGUUCAAGUUCCACCUUCAUCACCAAUUGUCUCUAUAAAUUCAAUAGAAAAAAAUUCGAUAUCAGUUCAAUGGAAAGUGGAUGAUAUUGGUGGAUCAUUCAUAAAAGGCUUCACUUUGAAGUACAAACGAGAAUCUGGAUUAUGGGAGGAGCUUUCAUUAGACGCCCGCUUAAAUUCAGUGGUCAUAGAAAACCUUCAAUGCGGCACCCCAUAUCAGAUUACAGUUAGCUCGUACAACAGAAUUGGAACAAGCCCUUCAAGUGAAAUACAAACCAUUAAAACAAAAGGCAAGAAUCCUAUCGCUCCGCAUAACGAUAUAUUAAUACAUUUAAAUACAACCUCAAUUUCAUUGGAUUUAUCUUCUUGGGAAGACGGUGGUUGCCCGAUAUCGCAUUACAGUAUAGAAUUUAAGCAAAAUGAACCUUCUAAUAAGUGGAUAAUUGUUUCAAAUAAAGUUGAAUCACAUGCACGUUAUGUAAUAGGAGACUUAGAGGCAGCAACUGCAUAUAAAUUGCGAGUAACAGCUUACAACAACGCCGGCUCCACCAAAGAAGAAUUAAAUUUUACAACACUAAAUGCUAGCAAACUUUACAAAGAAAAGGCACUUGUUAAAACCAUCUUCACCGAUUCUCAACUAAUUGCAGUGAUUGUAACAUCAAUUUUUGGGACGUUUCUUGCUUUAGCAGGAGCAAUGAUAUGCUUUAAAAACUAUUCUCGCGACACUACUUCAGAUGAUGUUAAAAUAACCGAUAGCACAAAAGUGGAAACCAACAUUCAAAGUUGCGAUCAAUUAUAUGGAACUUUGAGUAAAUCCUACCGUAAAAAUAUACCAAAAUCAGCUUUUAAACAUAAUAUUAUACCAGAAUAUAAAAAAGGAAUAAAUCCUUAUGCAACAUUCAAUUUACCAGAAAAUGAAAAUGGACCAGAAAAAACUUCACAAAGUGGAAUGGAAAAAAUAUUGAAAAUCAAACCAACCAGUUACUUAGCUAACAGUUUUAUGUAUACCACUGAAAUGAAAUUAGGUACUUCCUUGACAAAUGUUAGCAAUAUGGCGACACGAUUGGAAAAUAUUCAUUUGGGCGGAGAGUAUAACCACAUAAAUAUUGAAAAAAAAAAUAAUAUUUCUACGAAAUUAAGCAAGUCAGACUCAGAGGAGUAUGAUAGUUUAAAUAGUGAUAGUGAACAUAGCGACAAAUUGCCAGUAAAGAAUAUAAUUUUUACACCUGAAAAUGAUCCUGUUGACAAUGCUACCCGGACAAAAUAUUCAACGGAAAAUACUUUUGUGAAUCUUCAACAUAAAGAAAACAUUCAGCGAGACGUAUUUACCAACAGAUAUACAAAGUAAUUUAUCAGAAAUUAAAGUUCCGGCUAUCCAAAAACUAUCGGUUAAGUUUUAUGAAAAAACUAAAGAUAUAUCGAUAUUAUAAGUCGCUUCCCUAAUUUAAUCAUAUGUAUAAAAUUUGUAUUUUAAAAAUAUUUUAUUUCAAAAAUAAAUAAUAAUAACUCAUAAUUAUAUUAUUGUUAAUGUUGGGCCAAGUAGCCACAAACAACAUCUUGUAAAAUAAAUACAAUAUGUUUAU